UCCGAUUUCUGAAUCACCAAUCACCAAAUCUGCCUAUAAAUACCGAAAACGCUGGGGAAUUUCCUCUGCUGUGUUCGUUGGCUCUCACACUCCGCGUCGUAUAAUAACAAACAAGCGAGGGAGAGAGAGAAUAAAGGAAGAACGAAAGAACGACGAAAAUGUCAGAUGCGUUUUGCAGCGACUGUAAGAGGCAAACGGAGGUCGUUUUCGACCACUCAGCGGGUGACACCGUCUGUUCCGAGUGCGGACUCGUCCUCGAGUCUCACUCCAUCGACGAAACCUCCGAGUGGCGCACCUUCGCCAACGAGUCUGGCGACAACGACCCCGUCCGUGUCGGUGGCCCCACCAACCCUCUCCUCACCGACGGUGGUCUCUCCACCGUCAUCGCGAAACCCAACGGCGCCUCCGGCGAGUUCCUCUCUUCCUCCCUCGGCCGCUGGCAGAACCGUGGCUCCAACCCCGAUCGCGCCCUCAUCCUCGCCUUCAAGACCAUCGCCACCAUGUCCGAUAGGUUGGGACUCGUUGCGACUAUCAAGGAUCGAGCAAAUGAGAUAUACAAGAGGGUUGAAGAUCAAAAGUCUAGUAGAGGAAGAAAUCAAGAUGCUUUAUUAGCUGCUUGUCUCUACAUUGCUUGCCGACAAGAAGACAAACCGCGUACUGUUAAGGAAAUUUGCUCUGUUGCCAAUGGGGCCACAAAGAAGGAAAUUGGCCGAGCAAAAGAAUACAUAGUGAAACAACUGGGUUUGGAGAAUGGUCAGUCUGUGGAGAUGGGUACAAUACAUGCCGGGGACUUUAUGAGGCGAUUCUGUUCCAAUCUUGGUAUGAAUAAUCAAGCUGUUAAAGCUGCUCAGGAAGCUGUGCAGAAAUCUGAAGAAUUUGACAUAAGGAGGAGUCCCAUAUCAAUAGCUGCAGCAGUUAUAUACAUCAUAACUCAACUUUCUGAUGAUAAAAAACCUCUGAAAGAUAUAUCACUUGCCACAGGAGUUGCAGAAGGAACAAUUAGGAACUCCUACAAGGAUCUUUAUAUCCAUAUUUCAAAAAUAAUACCAAAUUGGUAUGCUAAGGAGGAGGAUUUGAAGAACCUUUGCAGCCCUUGAAUUGUUGAGCAAAAUAUUACGACCCUUAUUUAACAGGUUAUAUGUCAUUAGAUCAUUCUGUUUUGGAUGUACUGAACAAUUAUUAAAAAUGAAAGCGCCUUUUUUACUUUGUCGUCAUUUUGCUUGGCGUCCAUCGCACCAUUUGUUUAACCCUCCCAAUAAGUACUCUUGGGAGCGAGGCACCAUAUGAAUUUCUCGACACUGGUGCAACAUCAAAGAGUUAGUGUUGUACAAACGGUGAACCCACUUGCAUCAAUUGAGUUCUCUUUUGCUAUCAUUGCUCCUUGAUAUGGAUUGACGAGUUGUAGUUAUGUUCAUUGCGUAUCACAAAAAUACACGUUGUGAAACUGACACUGCAUCAAUAUCAGUUAGACCUGGAACUUUC